UUUAGCACGUGGCUUCUCAAUCUCAUUGCCUCUCAGACUUUUCUACUGAACCCUCCACUACACUUCCUUGCUUAGUUGCUUCCUUCUUUUUCUUCUUCUUCCUUCUGGGUUAUGGUGCUGCAGCUCUGAAGAGAGAGAGAGAGAGAGAGAGAGAGAGAGGUUAUUUUAACUCUUCAAUGAAAGGGGAAGUGAAGAUGAAGUCCAAGAUGAAAUGGGUUGGUCUGGUUGGGCUUGUGCUAUCAGCUUUCUCUAUCUUCAUACACUUUCUUCUUGCUAGAUUCACACAAAUGGGCGUUGCAGACUAUGAGUCCUCAGUCACAAUCUUCUCUUGGAGACCCAUCUUUGAGAAGCCAUAUUUUCCCACAAAUAGUCCCUCGUAUAGAAGACUAUGGGGUCCGGUAAAGCCUCUUGAAUCCUUGUAUCCUGACUCAAAUCCCCGAGGAUAUUAUGCUGAUGCUGAUUCACAAACAAAUGGGUUUAUCUUUGUCCGGAUACAAGGUGGUUUCUAUGAAAUCAGGAAUUCGAUAUGCGAUGUGGUUGUGGUUUCUCGACUUCUUAAUGCUACAUUAGCAAUGCCUGAAAUCCUAUCAACAACCAGCAGCAAGGGAAUAAGCUCUCAGUUCAAGAGUUUUGCAUACCUAUAUAAUGAGGAGCAAUUUGUGCUCUCAUUAGCAAAAGAUGUCAAAGUUGUGAGAACUCUUCCAAAAAAUCUAAAGGGUGCAAGGAGAAAGAAGGAGAUUCCUGUGUUUAAAGUGCCAAAUUCAGCAUCACCUUUUUAUUAUUUGCAUCAUGUUCUCCCUAUAUUAAAGAAGCAUUCAGUGGUUGAACUAGUUAUUUCCGAUGGUGGAUGCUUGCAGGCCAUUCUUCCUCCCGAUUUUGAAGAAUAUCAAAGGCUGAGAUGUCGAGUUUCUUUUCAUGCGCUUCAGUUCCGACAGGAAGUUCAGGAACUUUCUGCUAAGAUUUUGCAGAGGUUACGAGCUCCUGGUCAUCCAUUCAUUGCCUUUGACCCUGGCAUGACUAGAGAAUCUUUAGCAUAUCAUGGUUGUGCAGAACUGUUCCAGGAUGUGCAUACCGAGCUCAUUCAACACAAAAGAUCUUGGAUGAUAAAACGUGGGAUUGUCAAGGGGAAGCUUUCAGUCAACUCAGCUGAAGCAAGACUGAAUGGAUCCUGUCCUUUAAUGCCUGAGGAGAUUGGUAUUCUUCUGCGUGCCUAUGGAUACUCAAGAGAUGCAGUUAUAUAUGUGUCUGGGGGAGAAGUCUUUGGUGGUCAAAGAACUUUGAUUCCCCUUCAUGCUAUGUUUGAAAAUGUUGUUGAUAGAACUUCUCUUAGCAUUCCUUGGGAGCUUAUUAGGCUUUAUGGGCAAGAGAUUAACCUUGUUAAUACUCCUCACGGGCCACCACCUUUCGUUGAAGAAGUAACAAAGCUUGCAACUUGGAAGAAUGCAGGUCCACGUCCUCGCCCACUUCCUCCACCUCCAGCAAGGCCCAAAUCAUAUAACAUAGAGGGUUGGUGGGGUUGGGUAGCUGAGAGUGAUAAUGAGCCUGAUAGCACAAUCAUGGAACUAAGGACCAAUGCCCAUAAAUUACUAUGGGAGGCUAUUGACUAUAUGAUCUGUGUUGAAGCUGAUGUAUUCAUCCCUGGAUUUGACCGUGACGGAAAGGGGCAUCCAAAUUUUGCUAGCUUGGUGAUGGGGCACAGGCUAUACCAGUCAGCUGCAUCAAAGACAUUUAGACCCUACAGAAAGGAAGCUGCUAAACUCGUAGAUGAGAUUCGUGACAACAUGUAUCGGGCAAAUCAUACUUGGCUAAAAUCAGUUCGCAGGCAUUUGAGAAAAACAUUACUUGAUGGAAUCAUUGAAGCAUCAAAUAAUUCAAAACCAUUAUCCUUUCUCUCUCAUCCAGUCCCUGAAUGUUCUUGCUGGAGGCGUGACCCCUUUGAGGUAUCAAAGAAUUCUUCUAGUCCUUCAACUUCCCAAGCUUGGACAGCUCUUGGUAGUGCUCACAGGUGUCCUGCAUGGAUGGACACUGGUACAUUUUCUGAAUUAAAAGAUAAGGAAAAUGAAGAAGAGGUAGAUGAGGAUAAUUCUGUAUCUGGGUUGUUCUUUGGACAAAGUGUUGGAAAUCAUGAAGUUGAUGGAGAAGUAAACAACACUAAAGAAGAUAAUCAAUUUGAGGAUCAAGAAGAGCUUGAGGGUGGGGAAAGAUGACAUCAAGAUAAUAUGAUGGUACAUCUGACAAUUGAUAAUGGAUUCUCAUUCUCCACAUUCAUGUACAUAAUUGAAUGUUGCUUCCAAUUCCAACUGUUGCUUACUGGGUCCAAAUGUGUCUCUGGUAACUUCGUGAUUCACGAAACCUAUUUACUAGUCGAGAUUCAUCUGUAUAACAUUAGUGCCUUUAGGUUCAAGUCCUCAAAUAUAGUAUACUAGCUAAUUUAUAGACUCCAUAUCAGUUUUGAUGUAAUCUAGCAUGAUCUUUGUAGUUAAUAUUAGGUUUAAGUUCAGCUUGAAUUCUUUGCGGGGAAAAUAUCCUAUUUAUCACUGGUGAACAUACUCAUAAUAUGUAUUUGACUGAUGUAGCAUUGGAAAUAACUCAACUUCAUUUUUGUACCUGAUGAGAGAAGUAAUUCCCCCAUUUUAUUUAGGGGUUUACACUUCUCAUGUGACAUAAAAAAAAAUCCU